AUGAUGAAUCGGGCAUUCUGGGAUGUGAUCUUUCUCAUUACUGGGUCCCUCUUUACCUAUGGAACCGGACAGGAUAAUUCUACUAUUGCUACUAAUUCUACUAUGACCACCACCCCUCCUGUGAUUACUACCGCUGUAAACAUUAUGAUCUUUUCUACCACUACCAGCACCAUUACCACAACCAACCUUCCAGUUAAAAAGUUUGUGGCAGCAGCUGUUCGAUCACACUUCGAUGACUGUCCUGACUCGCACAGCCACUUCUGUUUCCAUGGCACCUGUCGUUUCCUGAUUCUGGAGGAGACGCCUGCAUGUGUGUGUCACCAAGGCUUUGUAGGGAUGCGAUGCGAGCACGCCGACCUGCUGGCCGUGGUGGCCACCAAUCACAGGCAACAGACAGUUGCCACGGCGGUAGUGCUGUGUGUGAUUGGCUGUGUCUUGACGAUGCUGCUCUUUGCUGGUGGAGGCGGGAUGGUUUGGGGCGGAGGCACAGACUCCACUGUGCCCCAGAGAAACAAGGCAGUAGGCUGA